UUCCCCAAUUUUAAUUGGAAAAAAGUCAACACAUUGUGAGAAAAAGACUGCUUUUAGUAAAAACAAAUUGGUUUUUAAUCUUCAUUAUUUACUUUGUUAUUACAGUAUGUCUCUAUACACAGUACAUCUUUUUUUUCAUUUUUUAAAUUAAUUUUGGCCCAACGGGGUGCAUUUCAAUGUCAUAAAAAUGGGACCCAUUACCUCCCUGCUUGGCACUCAGCAUCAAGGGUUGGAAUUGGGGGUUAAAUCAACAAAAAUGAUUCCCGGGCGCGGCACCGCUGCUGCCCACUGCUGCCCACUGCUGCCCACUGCUGCCCACUGCUCCCCUCACCUCCCAGGGGGUGAACAAGGGGAUGGGUCAAAUGCAGAGGACACAUUUCACCACACCUAGUGUGUGUGUGACAAUCAUUGGUACUUUAAACUUAAACUUAAACUUUACCCACACUUGUUAUUUCAUAUGUUGACCAGAGGGGGAGCACUUUUAAAACCGACAUGCAGCCAAUUUGAAAAAUCCCUCCUUUUUGGGACCACCCUAAUUUUGAUAGAUGUCACCACCAGGGGCGCAAAUGAGACAUUCUCCAUUAGAUGCAAUGGUUUUCCUUAUUGGGACCAACUAACUUGUUCAUCGGUCCUUGUAUGGAAGUGUACAGCUCCACUAAUGGACAUUGGAGUGUUACUUUCAAAGGCAAAAUUAAAGUAUUGCUAGAAACAUAAUUUUAUAUGGGACUUUAUUGUAUUAUAUGUAUACUACAUGUUCCAAAAAGAAAAAAGCAUAAAACACAGUAUAUUUAAAUAUACUAAAUUUAAAAAAGGGAAUCAAUAUUCAAAAUAAUCUAGUUUGGUUACGCCAUCAUGAGCGCAACACAAGGUUGUUAAAGAUUCAACUACAAUUCUAAAAAUAAGAUGUCAAAAGUAAACUGAAAUCAAAUACACACAGCUUAACGAUUGAUCAAUACCUAUUUAUGAUGAUUUAUCAAAAUAUAAAAGAAAUAUACCUGAACAGAACGCUCAUGAUGGUUACACCAAAAAGUAACGCUAUGAAUUGCGUUUUUCCAAGUUUUUGGGGCAUUUUUCUAAGCAUCUCCUUUUUAUUAUUGUUGAUUUUAAAUGGUCAAACUAAUGCAUUAUAUGCAUGCCCUAGUAAAAAAACAAAAAAAGUCAUAUUCAUUUAAAUUGUUACAUUUUGAAGUACAUUUGUGCAGGUGGGUGCGAAUGUACCCAUUACCAGAGCUGUACACGGAAGGUACUUUUCCUUGUUGAUGUCUCAAGAAGGGUAGAAAUACAAGAACGCACGCACACACGCGCACACACACACACACACACACACGCACACACACACACACACACACACACACAAACACACACACACACACACAGCUGCAAUGCUUCCUGCAUUUGUCUCGUAGAUCAUCGGAGCCUCCAUGGAAGAAAUGCACCUCCCCGGCAGCUAACACUCUUAGCCCGCCAUGUAAACAAAGCCCUCCCCCUUCGAAGAUCGUUGACUCGUAACGCAGACGAGGGUUCGGGAGGAGCCAGCCGCGACGCUCUUGCGCCCGAGUCCGAAGUGGGGGGCACACAUUCGGGGCGGGGGAGCUUUCAGAGCCAUCGACGCCCCGCCUGGCCGAGCCUCCGCACGUCUCGAAGGCAACGGAGGACCCGCCGCGACACAAGCGAGGCUUCGCUGAAAUGAGAUGAGGCUCAGAAAUGGAACUGUGGCCACUGCGAUUAUCUUCUUCACGUCCUUCCUCAGCUUGUCUUGGUACACAGCCUGGCAGAAUGGCAAAGAGAAACUAACAGCAUACCAGCGGGAGUUUCAUGCCUUGAAAGAGCGCCUUCGUGUGGCCGAGCACAGGACGCUGCAGCGCUCGUCGGAGCUCAACAGCAUUCUCGAGCAGUUCAAGCGGGCAAUCGCCGAAACCAACAGCAGCAAAGAUGCCAUCACAUCCUUCUCAGAUGAGACACAGAGACUCUUGAAGGAGCUGGCAAGUAGAAAACCUCUCCAAGUGCCAAACAUCUACCACCACCUGCCUCACCUGCUCAACAAUGAGGGCAGCCUGCACCCCGCCGUUGAAGUCGGCCUCGGACGCACCGGAGUUACCAUAGUGAUGGGGAUCCCCACGGUGAAGCGCAAGGUGAAGUCAUAUCUAUCCGAGACGCUGCGUUCGCUCAUAGACAAGCUGUCGCCGGAGGAGAAACUCGAGUGUGUGAUUAUUGUCUUCGUCGGGGAGACGGACCUGGACUACGUGCAAAGUGUGGUUGCUGGCCUGCAGAAAGAGUUCUCAACAGAGCUGAAUUCAGGCUUGCUCGAGGUCAUCUCACCUCCUGCCACAUUUUACCCGGACCUCACGAGCCUCAAAGAGACUUUCGGAGACUCCAAAGAGAGGGUCAGAUGGCGAACCAAACAGAACCUGGACUAUUCCUUCCUCAUGAUGUAUGCCGUGAGCAAAGGGGUUUAUUAUGUUCAGUUGGAAGAUGACAUCGUUGCCAAGCCCAACUACUUUGCCACCAUGAAGAACUUUGCCCUACAGCUCUCAUCAGAAGACUGGAUGGUCCUGGAGUUCUCUCAGCUGGGAUUCAUCGGAAAGAUGUUCCAGGCACCAGACCUGAAUCUUAUUGUCGAGUUCAUCUUCAUGUUCUAUAAGGAGAAGCCCAUCGACUGGCUGCUGGACCACAUUCUCUGGGUUAAAGUCUGCAAUCCCGAGAAAGAUGCGAAACACUGCGAGCGACAGAAGUCGAGCCUCCGCGUGCGCUUCAGGCCCUCUUUGUUUCAACACGUUGGCCUCCAUUCUUCUCUGGCUGGAAAGAUCCAGAAGCUCACAGACAAAGAUUUCCUGAAGCCGCUUCUCCACAAGAUGCACGUCAAUCCCCCUGCUGAGGUGUCCACCUCCAUGAAGGUGUAUCAGGGUCACACACUAGAGAAGACAUACCUCGGGGAGGAUUUCUUCUGGGCUGUCACUCCCAAGGCGGGAGACUACAUCCUCUUAAAAUUCGAUAGACCUGUCAGCAUAGAAAGGUUCCUGUUUCGUAGCGGUAACCCGGAGCACCCGGGGGACAAGAUGCAAAACACCACAGUGGAAAUACUGCCCGUCUCCGAGACCGGAUUGAUGCAGACCAAAGAGAAGUACAAGAGAACCGAAGACCGCUUUUACAGGAUAGGUCAUUUUGAGAAGGGCGUGGCCGAGGGCGCCGUAGACCCCUCCUUCAACCCCAUCCUGGCCUUGCGACUGUCUGUGGUGAAAAACUCUGCAGUGUGGACCAUCAUCAGUGAAAUUCAUAUAAAGAGGAUAGCAGGCUGACUUGAACCAAAACCUCGGAGAGACUGCUCACGUUAGAGCCUCAGGCAGCAAUGAAGAAACCCCCUUAGAGCUGCUGGUUUGAAGAACAUCCAUACUUUUUGUUUCUCGUUGGUCACUCUUUUCUUUCUGCGUCCGUCUUACCUCUUGUAGUGAGAAUGUGAAUACUACUGUCUACAAAGGCAAGAAAACUUGGGCCGUGCGACUAAAUCACCCAACUAGCAGCUUUGGAAAACAAUCAUCUUGGAUUUAAUGAGGACAAAUCAUGACACCAGUCAGCUGACCACUCUUCAUGCUGCCAAAUCCGUCCUUGGUCAACUCAAUGCUGCCACCCUUGGGCAAGCUGGGGCAUUGCACUGUCACUAGUGCCACCAGCUGAACCCGCCAUCACCGAGAAUGUUCAGUCUCGCCAUUUCCCCCUGGGUUUUAAAUGUAAAAAGAUGCAGUUUUAAGAUCGACACCAGCCCAAACUGACACCUACUCCAUUACCUUUCGAAGAAAUCUCAGCUAUCCCCCCUGAGAAAAUGAUAUAUCUCAGCGCCGGUCUGACAACGCUUUGUGCAUAGAAAAAAAACAACAAUCAAUUUUGAGAAGGAAUAUAUUGAUGUGACGACUUAUGAAGGUGACUUUAAUUUAUUUAAAAUAAAUCUUUUUAAUUUGUACAAGAAGUAAAUAUAUUUUUAAUCUAGCAAGAGAUGUUUAUAGUAGUGCAGCAUUUUGUUUUUAUUGUGCAUUUUCAUGAUUAUUGGGGCUGUCAUCAACGUGGCCCCUUUUCUUUUUACUACAUUAUUAUUAUCCACAAAACGCUGAAUGAUAGGAGGGGCGGCAAAUAGACUUUUAUUUAAAAGAUUUGUGCGUCAAGUGUGGAGAAAUGUGCCUUAUAUCAGGUCCCCUUAUUGUGUUUCUUCUACUUCAAUCACACUUGCCAAGGCCUCACCAGCUGGAUAUUUUAUUAUUAUUAUUUUUAUUAUGAAAAUAGCAAAGAGUUCAAUCAGUGUUCAGAUGUGUUUACAAAUGUGAACGUGAUACAACAUUACAUCUUAAACUGUUAGCUUCACACUGCUUAUUGUUACAUCGCCAUCUUUACAUGGUAUCAAGGAGUGUAAAGACCACACUGAAAAGAAAACAUUACUUCAGGAAUCAUGGAGAAAAAGUCCACAUGUUUUCUACAAUAAAGUAGUAAUCUUGCAUUUUAAAAAAUGGAAUACAUCUGAGAAUCUAGUGGGUGGGAAACAAGUAUUUUUUUCCAAAAUCAAAGAUGUGUUUUUUAGAAUACAUACAAUUUUUUGUGAGAACAAGGUUAUAUUUUUCUAAAAAAUAAGUUGUAACAUUACUAAAAAAUAAGUCAUAAUUUUCAUGACCAAAAUAAAGUUGCAAUGUUAUGACAAUAAAAGUAGCCAUAACACAACAAAAAAGAAAAAUAUUUUUUGGGAUCAAAGUUCUAUUUUACAACAAACAAGUCAUAAUCUUGCUAGAAUAAAGUUGGAAUUUUCAAGAGAAAAAAAUAGUUGUGUAAAGAAAGUGUUACUACUUCAAAAAAAAUCAUAGGUUUCUGAGAAAACUUUUUAAAAAAUAUGAUUUUUUUAAUAUAUUUUUUUAUUCUAAGUUUUAUUUUUCCGAGAAAUUAAGUCUAAACUUUCAUGAGAAAAAUUAAGUUCUGAGAAAAAAAGUGUUAAUAUUACAAAAAAAUCCAUAGGUUUUCCCAGCUAAAUAAAUACGGGUUUUUUUCUGUAAAAAAAAAGAAAAAGCUGCUUUUUUUAUUUAUUUUACAAUAAAUGCAUCCCAUUUUACUAGAAUAAAGUUGUCAUUUUAACCAUAAAACUGUUGUAAUGUUAUCAAACUAAAGUGGUAAUUGUGCCAAAUUUUUCAAAGUCAAUUAAUAUAUAUAUAUAUAAAAUUGUAUUACAUCCGGAGAUGCUUCCCUCUUCAUUCACCUUAGGUGAAUGGAGCCUUGGCAUAUCAAUAUAUAUAUAUAUAUAUAUUGAUAUGCCUAUGUAUAUGU